UAGAAGCCAGAGAAUACUGCCUUACUGCAGUAAUUUGGUCAUAUAGAUAAUAUAAAUGUAUCAGUGUAGUCAGUGGCAAAAUUAGUUUGAUUUUCGAGAUUCCUAGCAUCAUUGAAGUGUAUCUUUCUCUUUUUUAACACUGUUAAUUAGUUCCAAUUAAACGAAAAUGAUACGACAAGUCAAAAGGAGAUAGACAAAAAUGGAAACUAAUUUUCGACACUGAGUUACUUUUUACGGCAGCCUUUUUAAGUCAAUAACUGAUGAUUGAAUAACUUGAUAAGUGCCCUGAAACUUAAAAAAGUUUUAAAUCUGAGUACAAAAUAAACAAAUCGUUUCAAAUUUAUUAAAUUGAAAAAAUACCAUGAUGAAUCAACAGAGAACAAAUGCCCUUGGCUCCACACAUUUUCACAAUGCUUCUAACAUUAUGGAUGGAAUUCCUCAGCCAAUGGGAGUUGCUCAGUCCGGAGUUUCUGCAAUAGCUCCGCCACCAGUUCCCCCACGAAGACCUGUGUCUACGUACCAGUCAUACAGUCCUUUUGGUUCUUCAUAUUUGGGAUCAUCUUUAAGUAGUUAUGGAUAUGGAUCUGGCUACAACAGUUAUGGAUUCGGACGAUAUGGUAUGGGAAUGGGUAUGGGUAUAGGAUCUUAUCCUGGAUAUUCGAUGUAUGGACAGAAUCAGUGGGGAAGUCCUAGUGGAGAUGUAGAAAAUAGAUUUGUACAAUAUGCUGAAGAAAGUACAAGACCAGCUUUUCAGUCGAUAGAAGCAAUGGUUCAUACCUUCUCUUCUCUUACUAUGAUGUUGGAAUCAACGUUUUUUGCUAUGACAAGUUCUUUUAGAGCAAUUUUAGGGGUGGCUGACAAUAUGGGUAAACUUAGAACAAUGCUGAAGCAGCUUUUUAGCAGUUUUGCUCUUGUUAGACUGAUGAAAUGGUUAUAUUAUAAAGUCAAAUACAUGCUUGGCCUAAGAAACCAAAACUUGAACAGUGAAGUUUUAUGGAGAGAAACAAUAUCAGAAGUUUUACAUGGUAGCUCAGAACAAAAUGGUACAUCCUCAUGGCCAAUUUUUGUGUUUUUAAGCAUUCUCUUUGCCACUCCAUAUCUAAUUCAUAAAUUAGUCAGUAAUGCAAAAAAUAUUAGCGUUAAUGUUAAUAAUCCUAAGGAAUGGUUGCAAAACAAAGAACCAGUUCACACUGCAACUGCGAUUUAUGACUUUACUGCUGCAUCAAAUGAAGAAUUGUCUCUUAAAACCGGCCAAAAGGUGUGGCUUGCACCCCAGUCCUUACAACCUAAAAAUUUGCCUGGAUGGUGGAGAGCUACAGACAGUAUAAAUGUUGGUUUGAUUCCCUCAACAUAUGUAACAGUGGUAGGUCAACUCAAGAAAAAAUUGGACUCUAAUCAGUCACAGACGUCAAGUUCUUAUCAGCCAACACCAAUCAUUGAAAAUUUAACAACUGAGCAAGAAAGCUCAGAAUCUCAGAUAAUUAAUGAUUUCAAUAAAGAACAAGACGAGUCUUUUGCCAAAUCGAAAAGUGAAGAUAUUUUUAAAGUGAAAAAUGAAAGUAAUUAAAUUCAAUGUUUUUGUUUUUGAUUAAACACCAAUAUUAUAUUAUCAUUGAUUUAAUAAUUAUGAAAGUAAGAUUUUGUACAUAUUCAAUGCUACAUGGUUAUAUGUAUCCAUAACGUAUGGAUUCAACAGGUAUAGAAAAAAAAAAGUUAAAAAUUUUGUUUAUAGAUAGUAGAUAAUAAAUAUUAGCUCUAUAUAGAUAACUUUAGUCUUGUUAAUGACAUUUCUACAAACAAGAGCUAUCAACAACUUUAGUAAAUGAUUAUAUUAAUGUUUUUUAUCCUUUUUUUCACUUGCAUUUUGUACACGAUAUUACUGUUUUCUUUUGUGAAAGGGAUGUCCUAUGUUUAAUAAUGUUACUAUAAUUUCUUUUGAUUAUUAUA